AUAACUAUUACGAUUCCGAAUACCCAAUCACAGUUGAAGGAUGCUGACGUUCUGGUCUUUAUUUGGCUGGUUAUUUAUGUUGGUCCUGCCCACAGGCCAUGGGCGAUCGGACGGUUCUGACAGUGCAACAUCAUGGCAACCCUUAUGGAACGCCUGUCUUUCCUUCAAAAAGUGCCCACUCUGAUGAAGGCCACGGCAGAUGACGAAACGCCCUGCCCCGGUUAUCUCUUCGAAGAAAUCGGAAAGAUCUCGCAUGAGUCCGUGGGCUGCUGUCAGUGCUUGCUGGAGUAUCUAUUGGAGCGGCUGCAGACAGAAUCCUGUCACGUGAAGCUCAAGGUGCUGAAGAUCCUCCAGCAUCUCUGUGGUACUGGGUCUCUUCACUUCCUGACGGAACUCCGCCGGAACGCCACCUUCAUCCAGGAAGUGACAGUGUACAGUGGGCCCCCAGACCCAAUCCACGGCACGGCGCUGUACCAGAGAGUGCGACUUGCUGCACAGGAGCUGGCCAGCCAGCUCUUCGCAGACACCGUGUCCCCGCAGGCUGCUCCCUCUCCGCGGAGAGUUGCCACACCCCCAAUGGGCAUGGGCUCCGAGUCGGCGAUUACAUCAGGGAUGCAAGGAUUUGGGUACAGCCCUGGGAAGCAUCCCUCGGGUGGUGGAUUCCUGGACAAGAUCCAGAAGGCAGCCGAGGUGGUGGCCAGCGCCGUGCUCCCCCCCGCUGAGCAUCCUGGCAUUCGACUCCGUGACAACCGCUACCAGGCGGUGGCAGCGCCCUCUGUUGCGGUGGAGGUGGCGAUUCCAGCAUGCGCCUACAGCCUGCCCUCCCAUGGGCUGAAAGCAGCUCCGAGGUGUCCUGGCCUGGCAGGAGGGGGCUGGGAGGACACCGACAGUGGCCACAGCUCCCGCGACUCCUCCCAGGAGAACGGCAAUGCCAGCCGGGCAUCGCUGGCGGGCAGCAGUGGCAGGUCUGGGACGGACAGCCAAUCAGGGGCCAGCCGGGAGAGCGGGGACCUCUCAGAGCGGGCCGAGGCCAUGCACCCGGGGGACUGUGGCCAGGAGGUGGCGCUCAUCAAUAGCCUGACCGAAGGCUCCAAGGCCUUCCUGUCCAGGGAGGAGUCCCAGCACUUCAUCAAGGAGUGCGCCACACUGAACUGCGAGGUGGUGCUGGAGCUGCUGUGCCGUAGGUUGCAGGAGCCCGUCCACUUGGUCCAAAUGAGGGCGCUGUGUGCCAUCGCCUGCCUAAUGUCCUCUGACCUGCUGUCCCUGGACCACAUGUUUGGUGCCACGCACAAGUGGCUGGCUCCGUUGAGUGAGGGUCCACCAGGCGCCGUCAGCACCAAGGCAACCAAGCUCCUCAGGCAAUUUGAGGCUCUGAUGGGUGGAGUCAGACCAGACACUGCAUCCUGCCCCACUGCCACUGGCCCGUCCCCACUGGACAGCGCCUCCAAGCUGCCUGGAGCCCUUGUGUUCUCCCUAGGCACAGCCUCAGACAGCCAGGUGGGGGCGCCGCACCCAGUGGUUGGGGACGGCCAAAAUGAGGCUGCCUCAGCGGCUGGGAGGGGGGGGCCGGAGACAGACAGCUCCGGCCACGAGGCCCUGAGCGAAAUGUCAGAACCUGAGUUAUGGCGGCCCACUGGCUUUGAGGACCGUGAAGAGCAGGCAGGCCUCCACGCUGCCGGUACCGCAGGAAGGCCGUCUCUCUUCAGCGGCAUGGAGCUGGUGACCAGGGGCAAGCAUGUGUGCCCCCCAGCUCCGGUGGCAGGGGUGAGGGGCAGCGGAGAGCGGCCAUCACCAGAGCACCAACCUGGCAGCUCCACUCCCCCUCAGGACCCUCAGCUCAGCCCCCAGCACCUCUCUGCCUUUUCCUUCCUGAACACGUAGGAGGGGAGAGACCCACAUUCCUGCUGGUGUUAAUGGAAGCAGAAUGUACUGUACCUGAACACUAAGAUGACAAAUCAGGGUUAAUUAUUAUCAUGCUGCGUUUUUGCACCACAGAAAAGUGCAGCUAGACAGGGAAACUCGUACAGCUCUACAUGGCCGCUGGUAGCAGGGCGGCUGCUUAACCACCAUGCGGAAUCCUGCACUGCGUGGAUCACGCCUUUGGAGACACCUUGUCCACUGUAUGACCCUCCUUAUCCUUCUGUUCUGUUACUAUUUUUACCGCGUUAUUGCAACAAUUGUAAUUCACAAAAGCUGCCUUUCUUUGAAGGCGACUCCAAGCGGUGGAGCUCUUCUGCUUUUUGCCCGUCGUUACUCUGUGUCCUCGACGGGUUGGGGGGCCGUCGUCUGCUCACAUUUCAUCAGUGUUUCUGCUUGGACUCCGGCAGGUUUUGGAAAUAAUCCUGCAAGCCGCACCUUGGGGGUGGAUGUUCCACGAAACAGGACUUCUUACUUAUUCCUAUAGCUCGUUGGAUUUAAGGUAGUGUGGUCUCAAUGGAAAUUCUUUGUUCUCUUACAUUUAGACCGGGCUACCUUAAAUCCGACAAGUUAUCCGGCUAAGAAAUCCUGCUUUGUGACCACAGUAAGGCAGAGGUGAGGGGGGGCAGCUCUCAAGCCAGCCGCCCUGAUUACCUCACGUUCACCACUAAGGGCCGCCAGCCAAGUUAACCAGGCAAACGGCUCGGAAGGGAUCAGUCGAUAUGCUAUCCUCCGUGUGUCUUGCCGACCAUAAGCCUUCCACAGUUACAGGCUACAUGGUGUGAAAUAUGCCCUUUAACCAUUUUAGUCUUCCACAGUGUAUCUUUCCUGUCUGUAUAUUUAGGAACUAACAGUAUUUCCUGUCAACGAACAAAUCCUAGUUUGUGGACGCUGGCGUUGAGAAAACUAUUUUGCUUGCAAAGAUUUCGGUAAAGAAAACACUUUUAGAAUAAAUUAUCUGGAAAGACA